CUGUCGGCCAAUUAUUAGCAAAAAACAAGUUUAAUUUUUUAUGCAUUUGAGAAUUUCGAAAGAAAUUAGGGAUAGCUUAAUGCAGUAGAUAAAAAAUGUUGUGAGUAGGUACUUUGUCUCGAUUACGAAACAGGCCGGCCAACGCGACGGGAAUUAGAAGUGAUACUUAACCGUUUCAAAUAAGGUGGUUCUAAGGAAAUAUGUAAUAAGUGGCGGUUUCGCAGUUUCGGGAGUGUGUUUGGAGGGUGCCCGGGCGCGUAUUUUGCGUUGAUGGCCUGUUUUUCCAAAUAAUGAUUUUCCGUUAUGUUGGCGGACUUGCGCUCUCUUACGUCACGCAGCAAAUGGAUAAAAAACGUUUAGAAGAACGAAAGGAUUGUCGUCCAUUGGAGACCAGCUGAUUUGAGUUGACAAUAAAAUGUUCCGGUCUUGUCAGCCCGUAUUGGCUGGUAAAGUGUCGAAAAAUUGUGCGGUUCGUGCUGAAACCAACUGAAAUAGGCCAAAAAAUUGCUGGCGAUGAUGGAAACUCAACAAUGGCCCGCAAAAUUCCAACAAUCUGGGGCCGGGACCGACACCACACAAGAUAGUUUAAACAAUGGAGAGGACGGCAACGUCGCGAAAGAAGAAAACGGCGAUGGGGUGCACGAGAGCGACAAGCGGGCCGAAAACGACAGCCCCACAAUCAGUGAGAAAGCCAGACAGUUAAUAUCGUUGAUCUUAGAGCAGAUGAAAGAAUUGUCAAACGCCGAAAAAUAUCUCUUGUAUUUGAAACUGUUUCAAAUCAGCAAUGUAGUGGACCCUUUGCGGCAACCCUUGAACCCACUGGGCAGUCGUUCCGAAAUCAACAGGACCAUAUCAUGGAUUAAGACUCACUUAGAAGAAGACGCAGCGCUUUCUCUCCCCAAGCAGGAGGUCUACGAGGAAUAUACAGUAUAUUGCACACAAAAUCAAAUCAAGUCUCUUUCCCAAGCUGAUUUUGGCAAGGUCAUGAAGCAAGUGUAUCCAAAAGUGAGGGCUAGGCGCUUGGGUACCCGCGGAAAUUCCAGAUAUUGCUAUUCAGGCUUGAGAAGAUGUAUCAAGUUAAAGCCUCCAAAAUUGCCAGAUCUUGGCGAUAAGCCUUUAAGCACGGAAGCCACUUGUACUCAGUCGACUUUAACAGCGGCGGCUUGGUUAAUUGUGAAAGAAUGGUCUGAAUUUCAUUUUGGAGUUCAGUUUCCAUCAUUGCAAGCCUUGGCCCGGUUUCUUGUUGUUUCUCAUUCAGUUGGUGCAGGAACUGACGCUGCCAACCAGUUGACUUCAGCUACAGAAUCACAGUUGAAAGGGGAGGUGUGUGGUGGGAAAACUGGAACCAAACACAGAGAAAUGCAGCUGCAGUUGCAGAAGAAGAUCCAACAGAAGAACGAAGUCAAAGAAAGAAAAAGAAAAAUUCAGUCUCCCAAAUCCGAUCCGAAGCCCUCUGUGAAGAAAUCAAAGGGAUCAGUGUCGUCGAUCCGACUCGAAGGUUCCCCCACAUUGACGGGUGCGGGUGAAAGCAGCACCAGUACAAGCACCGGCAGCACCAGCACGAGUCCCACUCAGGGCAAAUCUAUCUGUGAUAAAUCGUUAGAUUUCACUCAACUACCAGCGUUACCUGACUUUAAAAGUUUCCAAAAGCCCGUCUGUGAACAACAACAACCACAACAGCAACAACAAAACGGUGUCGGGACCUCGACGAAAGUAGCGAUACCGCGUCUAGCCUCCGGUAAAGCUCAACAACAGCAACGAUCGCCCCAAUCGUCCCCCAAGAAGCAAGUCAAGAAUGCAAAGUACAAAGCCAUCCAACCCAAACCGCAACCAUGUGAUAACGCAUCGUACAACCCGCAGACCACUGCGGAUAUCAGAUCUCAAGGUGUACUACACAACGUAGAUAGGUGUAAGGAAAGAAAAUCAAGUGAUGAUGAUUGUGAUGCUCCCGUUUUUCCGCUGCCGAGGGAGAGGCUCGAAAGCAUCAGCAACGUCGACAAGGACGCCAUGGACGAAUAUCUAGGUACAAACAACAGCCAGCACGAAGAAGAGCUGUCGAAAUACUUCAGCAACAACAUCGAGACAGCGGACCAAGACAACUCCACCAAACUCUCCCAACUCCGUCAACUCCUCGAACAGAACGGCAUAUCCGACAACAAAAAUUUCCUCAUCGAUAGCGGCCCCACCGUCGCCUUGCCCCACCCCAUGCUCGACCCUCUGGCCGUCCCCAACGUCAACAUCUAUCCAAUCCCGGCCCAGCUCUCCACAUUACCGACCAACCAGAGCAGCGCUCGCCGUCGCGUCAGCUUCGAAACGCCCCUCCACGAGGACACCGUCCCUCCCAGCCCAAAUACUCGCCGCAAAAACUUCAGCUUCACCCCCAUAUCACCGGGCCCCCAAUCGCCCACCGGGCGCCAAUCCAAGUGUUCCAGCACGAACGUAAGUCCUUUUGUGAGUCCCCGGAACACACCAAUACCCCGUACUAAAAACACGACCCACCAAAACGCCGGAAUCGGCGUCCGGAAAAAAAUCAAACGCGAAUCCGAUCUGAGCGUCGAAAUCCCGGACGCGAAAAACUACAUGGCCAUGUCGGCCCCCGUCAGCCCCAUGCUAUACAACAACAAAAAAUCGGUCCUCGAAAAACUGCUACAUUCGAACAGCAAAGUCGCCUACACCCCGGAUUAUGUCAAUCCUUCCGUAAAACACGACGUGAGCGAAGUCGAUUUACUCGAAAGCGAAAACGUGGAGACUUUCCCGGACUUCACAGCCUAUAGGUCGCAGUCGGUCCCUUUGAACCAGAUGAUCAAGUCGAAUUUCACCGAAGACGCCCACUUCCUGCCGACUCUGCCCAAUCAGGGCGCCGAUUUCAACGACUUCGACCCGAUUUCCGAAUCGGUGACCGUUAACCGGAUCAUUGACGCCCUCGACGAGCAUCCGUGCGAGAAUCCGGGCACUAUGGAGAUGUACAACGUGGAAAUGCCUCAAAACAGCCAAUGCCUGCCCAGCUUUAACCUCAUUGUCGACAACAACAUCGACAACUUCGGCGAGAAUAUGGCCUUUGCGCCCGGAUCGCGUCACCUGGCCAGGUCGCAAAGCAUCGAUGUCAAUUGUUUCGAUAUGAAAUCGGCCAAUCUCAACCCUUCCAGAUCUGUCCCAAGCACGCCCCUCCCAUUUAACAGUAGCAAGCCCGCCCCCGUGAAAAACUUCGCCAAUCAGAGCUCGCGCUCGUACCCGUCGACGCCGUCGUUGGUGGCCGAGUCGGCGUUUAACUACGCCGUUAACGGAGACUGUCUGUUGAACGGACAGCCGAUACGGAACGGAACGGCGCGGAAUCAGGCGGAUGAGUUGACGUAUUUUAUGAAUUUGAACGAAACGAACGAGGACAAUAAUAUCGAUAGGCAUUUAACGGCAGAGGAGGAGUUUAGUAUAGGGAGGAGUUUGCCAGGUAAUGAGUUCGGUAUUGCCGAAAGUGAGAAUGCUUUGAUGGACGAGGACGGUGUCUUGAUUGGUGAGCAGACUUUUAACGGGAAUAUUAAUAAUUGAGGAAUCGUACUAAUGCCAUUUCUGCGGUUGCAAUCCGUGAUUAUGUUUAUUGACCCCAAAUUUUUAUUGGUGCUAUGAUAAUUGGUUUAUCACUUUGUUUGUGGCGGUCAGAUUGUGGGAAAUUGGUCGGAACAAACGUGAUCAUGGCGUGUUAUCGAUAUCUUAAUCUAAAGUUUUUAAUCGAAAACUCAUUUUUUUGCGAUGUACUGAAUCAAAAUUUUAUCUUUCUUUGAGAUGUAUUACGAUAUGAAGUAAUGUUAAUGAAAUAUUUUUGGAUUUUCAAGGUGAUAGUUUUUCAAGUAGUGUGCUAUCUCGACAUCAUUUUUAACAUACCGGGUUUUACGAUGUCAUUUUUUGUUUUGUAAGAAAUAAUAAUUGUUAUUCCCGUCAAAUUACAAAUAAAGUAGAUGAAGGGACUACGUAACAUUUUUUUGAAAAAAAUUUUAACUACUUUAAUAAUGUUUAAUUCAAAUGUGUUUAACGCAUUUGUAUUUUUCUGUAAAAUUUCAAGCUAGUUGUUGCUAAAGGGGCUAUGUACAAGCUAUUAUAAAAUUUAGUUGUGGAUGAAGGGGUUGUGUCCAAUUAAUUUGUAUUGCAUAAUAAUUUUUUUUUUGUUGGUAACAUUUUAAGCCUUCUUUUUUAUAUAAGAAUUCUAAAUUAUAAACACUACUUUAAAACACGUUUUCGGUAGCAACACUUCUGCGAAAACGCUUAAAGUUCUCGGGUCUCCAGGUAUGCAACUCGCAUACGCUCGUUGCAUAACGACAGCCCUCGAACUUUAACUUUAGACCCUUCAUCCAUUAACCCUUGCAAAAAUUAAAAAAAAUAAACCUUUUGAUAAAACUGUACCUAAAAAAUAAUUGUUACUUUAGUGACAUUUCAAACUAAGUAGUUUACUUGGAGGUGUUACCAACUUAUUUUACCUACUUUAUAUUUUGACGGAAAUAUAAUAAAUCAUUAAAUAUCAGCAGAUUUUUUUUUAAUUUCUUGCAAAUAAUGAAAAAUAAGGAAGAUAAUUGUUUCGAAAAUCAAAAAUCCUCAUGACAAAUGUGUUUACAAUUUUUAUGUUCACUGUAAUAAUUUUAAAAUUUUGAAUUGUGAUGUUAUUUUUUGUUAAUUUGUUUGUGUUAAAUUUUUACCCUGUCUUAUACACAUAACUUAUGUGUCCUCAGAUGGAAAUAAAUUAUUAUUAUCAUUAUUUAUUACCUAAAAAAUGGACAGAGUUUAGUUCCUAUAUUUUGACAUAUUAAAAUUACUUCCCAUGGGAUUUUAUUAACUUUUUAAGAAACGAAAAAUACCUCUCCUAUUUUCGAAAUUAUUAUAAACAAGUAGCAGUAUUUUUUGCAAAAAUAAUUGUUGGAUAUACCUUUGUAUGAAAUAAAAUAUGGUGAAAAUUGUAGUUUUUUAGAAUCAAACUGCUUGAAAAAAGUAAGGGAUAUUGGAAUUUUAGAACCGCGAUUAAUUUGAGAUUUUAAAUGGCAACUUAUUCGAAUUAGUUUAAUUUUGAAUUAAAUCAUAAUUUCGCUUUCUGUAAACCGCCGCUUCAUAUUUUAUUCCAAAGUAUUCAUAAUAAAAAACACAGUCACUUUAUUUUUAUAAAAGUUGUUUGUGGCUGAAAUAAUUGUGUGUUCUCUUAGAGAAAGAAACCUAAAAUGGCUCUUUCAGAGCGUUCCGUUCGUUUUUUCUUUAAGUUGUUGGGUAAUUUUGCACAUUCUGACCUGCCGUUGUGUACUAAGUAUAUUAACAAGGGUAUAUAAUUGCUGUUUCGAUGUGGCAUAAGCCGUGUAACAUUUUGGAUACGUAUCUUAAAAAUGUGCAAUAUAUGUUGAUUGUUUUCUUUUCGGCUUUAAGUGUAUUGGGUCCGUGGAACUGGUGUUGGUGUCGAUUGUAGUUCCGCAAAUCUUUCUAAUUUUAGGCUUUUUAUUGUUUUUGUUUUCGGUUGUUUUCAAACAAUAGCUGAUGUUUAAUGGAUGGACGAGGAAAAUUUUAUACAAGAUUGUCUGUGAUAAAUUUAUAUUAUUCUUUUGGAAUAUAGUGGCGCUAAUUGAUUGUUUUAUGAUUUUAGAAAUCAUGUUGUUUUCUUUUCCUUUGUUUUUGUUCGGAAAUCGUGAAAUUGGUGAAAAUUCGAUGUUUGUGUGUAAUUAAUGUGAGGGUAGUCCAAAAAUAAUUAUCGCAACGACACCCUCGAUAGUUCUUACGAAAUGUUAUAUUUUUUUAUAAGUUGUACAAUGUGAAUAGUGGGUGCAGAUCGUCGAGGAUGAUGAUAGCGGGUGGGUCUUAAUUAUUUGUGGACUAUUGUAGAGUACCUUUUAAUUAUCGAAGCCCGAAUUAAUGUAUUUUUGUACCUACCUACGCUUGAACCAGCUAUAGUUGUUUUCGAUUCACACCGGUGAUCGUGCAUUUGGAGGUACAGUUCGAUGCACUGAUAGUACGAGGCGGUUUUUACCCCCAGCCUAUUACCUGUGCCUAGCUUUUACACCAUGAUAGCUUGUAGUUUUUUAAAGGAACAAUCUGAAAAAUAUAACAGUUUAUACUGAUUCUGCUAGUUUUUUUUAGUUUCACUCUGCUUGACCUAAUUUCUUUAACGCAGCUUUCGGUGAAUUUAUUUUUGAUAAUAGUGAAAAACGUAAACGAGAACGCUUGCCUUAAUAACAAGCAUCACAAACUCUAGUUUUACGUUGACUUAUUGUUAAUACAUUGAUCUCUUCCUUUCCGUUUCGCUUAAAAAAGUCCGAGCUUUUUUAUGCAAGUUUCAGUGAAAUUACUUUAAGGUUUUAGUUGUACGCAAUGAUUUUAUUAAGGUUAGAUACAAGAAAUAAACGACUAAUGUACAUACAUAUUUACAAAUUAACUGACUAAAAGUCUGAAUAUUGGUAAGCUCAUUUUGUAAAGUGAAUAAAGUUUGGGAUACUCUUGCAAAUUAUUUUUGCAAGUUAUUGUUAAAUCCUUGUAAGAGCUGUUAUUUUAUCAAGUACAAAUUUAUUUAACGGUAAUUUGAACAGUUCGUAGAUUAGUUGGAUGUUUUGGUGUAUACUAUUUGUAUCAAUAUAAAAUAAAUAUAUUCGUAUCUCUUGUUUAAA